UCGGUGAAAACACGACUCGACCUCCAUUUUGUUUUUGCUCGAGCAUAACAGUUAAGUCUGAAAGUGCAAAUAUGCCACCGAGGCCGCAUGAAAACGACUGGAUUCUGGUCCAAUCCAGGAAAAGCAGUAGGAGAGGCUGUGUUUUUGAGCGAGACAGGAGCACAUUUGUACGUCAUCCAGAAGGGAGGCCGCAACGCUCCUAUGCUGAGGUCGUCAGAGAGGACCCGCUGCUUAGGGAGCCCAGCUUGCCCAGCUGUUUCGGAGCGCAGCACGUAAGACGCCGCAGCAUACCGCCAGCAUCUGAUCACUGGCACUUUUACCCUGACGGGGAAGAGAGGCCACGUGCUCAGAGACUUCAACGCUACGCCACACCUGCAAACCAAUAUGGCAGCCACUGGAUCACAACACGGGGAGACGCAGCUGGAGCGCCCCCCCACAGAGUGCAGUCAGAUGACCCGGAUUUCACUCAGAAGCUUUCCACAGGAGGUUGGAGAGGACCUUUUGAGAUCGCCACCUGCUGGGCCAGAAGACACCUGGGCACGCGUCUGAAACAGGAAACCCUGGACCGCUGCCACAGAAUGCUGAACACCAGGUUAAGAGAACCGGUCCCCCCCUCUCCUCCUCCCUCUGUUUCAGAGCACAUAGAGGAACUAGAGGAGGAUUUAAGCUUGGAGCUGACUCCAUCACCUUCACCAGCAGUCCAGCCCCAAACCCCAAGGCCACAGAGCCCAGCAGGAGCACGUAAACGUGCCCCCAAAAAGACCAAGAGGAAAAGCACAGAGUGGGACUGGUCACCCCUGCUUGAACUCACAGAGAUGGGAGACACAGAGUGUUCAUCCCCUGCAGCAUCUCCUCCUCCUCCUCAUCAUCAUUCUCCGAUGACUCCUCCACCAACACGAGGGAAGAUCAUCCCUGCAGCAAAAUCAUUUCUCAUCCCAGAGCUGCAGCCAGUAGAUGCUCAGCGUGCAUCGCAGGAGCAGAACACAGAAGCUCCUCACCCCACCCCAGCUGGACCUGCAUCAUUCUCUGCAGCAGCUGUGCAGGUAUGCACUCCAACACGACAUGUCAGCACUCCAUGCAAAUUCAGAGACUGGCAUCUCCACAUACAUCAGGAGACUGUCAUUGUGGGAGAUUCUAAUGUUGGCAGACUCCCAUCCUUCAAAGCUGACCACAUUCAAGUGGACAGCUUUCCUCAAGCGACAUGGCAGGAUGCUGAGGUCCUGUUAAAGAACGCCACCUGCCAUACUCAGCCAAAGACCAUCCUUUUGUCCUUUGGCAUCCAUCAGAGGACACAUAAGGACAAGGACAUCCCAGUAAUUGAGAUGUUUCAUACAUUUGAAGUGGCAGAACAAUUAUUCCCAGAAGCCAAUAUUGUUAUUCCCAUGAUUGGUUAUUCACAUCGCCUGCCACCACAAGAAAAAGCGGUCCUGUAUCAUCUGAAUGAACACAUCGGGGAGCUGUGUAACCACAUUUGCCUUUCAGAUGACCCAGUGGAGACAGACCAGGACAAUGUGAACUGGACAGCAGAUACGGCCAUGAGGAUGCUGAAAUAUUGGAAUCCUAGGUUUCUCCCUCUUGGUCCGACAGAGGGAGUGAAUGAGUAAUUCAAUCAGGUCCCUCGCCCCCUCUGUCUUUAUCCAGCAGAGGGUGGUAAAGAGCAACCUAGUCUUGAGGUUUAAUUCUAAAAUGUCAUUUCUUUUGGGUUUUAUUAUGGUUUUCUGACUUUCAUUUCAAUCAUCCCCAUUCAGGUAGCUCUAAUCCCAACCAUGGAGUAUAUUUUCUAACCCUAAUUUGUGAUUUCUGAUCCCCAGCCAGGUGAAUUAAUUGCUCUAACCCUAACCGUGUGUAUUUUUUGCCCCCCCCAACCCUAAUUUGUGAUUUCUGAUCCCCAGCCAGGUGAAUUAAUUGCUCUAACCCUAACCGUGUGUAAUUUUUGCCCCCUCCCAACCCUAAUUUGGGAUUUCUGACCCCCAGCCAGGUGAAUUAAUGGC